AUGGCCUCGGUACUUACGGUCGGUGUUGGAGUUGCUGUCGCGGCUUUCCUCGGCAGAGCUGGUCUGGUUGCAUUGCGAAGGUCGAGGGGUGAGGCUGUUGGAGCGCUGGGAAAGGCAUAUUAUAAGGGGGGCUUUGAGCCCAAGAUGAAUCGCAGAGAAGCUGCUCUCAUUCUUCAACUGAAUGAACGCCAAAUCACAAAAGAGAAGGUCCGGAAAAACCACCGAACGUUGAUGAUGCUGAAUCACCCCGAUCGAGGUGGAAGUCCCUACUUAGCGACGAAGGUCAACGAAGCGAAGGAGUUUCUCGAGAAGAAUGGAUAA